GGCCCCGCCGCUGCAGCCGCUGCCGCAGCCGCCGCGGCGCACCAGGUGCACCCUCUCCUCGGGACCGCGCUGACUUCCUCCACGUCCUCCACCCUGUCGAGCGCGCUGCCGGGGCUCACGUCUAUCCGAGCACCCCACUCCCUGAUGAAGGGGUCCCCGGCUGCGCCCCCGGCCCUGCAGCUGGGUUCCGGCUUCCAGCACUGGGCCGGACUCCCGUGUCCCUGCACCAUCUGCCAGGUGCCUCCUCCUCCACACAUCCCCAUCACCUCCACCGGCCUCACGAGACUCACAGUGGAGGGCAAAGACGGGAUGAAAUGAUGCCCGGUGUGUGUGUGUGUGUGACAGACGCGCAGAGACUGAUUGUAAAUAGAGAAUUCAGGGCAUGAGGGUGGAUUUGGCCUCACUGGUGCAUGUUGUUGUUUAGUCUGUUUUCUUGUUUGGCGUAUGAGAAAAGGUGUUAUUUUCCUCCUUGUAACAAGGACUUAUAAUGAUUGAUGAUUUUGCCAAUUGAUGGUAAAAUAAACAAGUUCUGUGUCAUGCAAAAAAAAAGAUGCCACGAUCCUCUUGUGUUUGAGUUUUAGUCUCACGCCACAAUGUGAAAGGUGGAGGAGGCUGCAUGAACAUUUUGAUUUCAGUUUUACAAUUUUUUUUCUGUAUCAGGCGUCAUUUUGUGAAAACGAAGAAUGCUCUGUGUGCCUUGUACCAAGGAUUUUAAACUUGAGUUCUAUAUGAAAAGACAUUAAUGUGUUUGGCUU